AUGCAGGAGUCGCAGAACGGCCGUGACUUCAUCCGACCGAUGGAGACCCGCGAUCGCGCGGCGGUCGAACAGCUCGUCGGGCAGGGGUAUCUGGAGGACCUGGCGAUCGCGAACAAGAAAUUCUACCGCUCGCCGAUGUUGAUUCUCAGCAUCAUUAUCCUGGGCUUUGCGAUCAAUCAUGUCAUGGGCAUCCACACGGUUCCCAUCACCAGCACUCUUGGCUAUGCGCAGUACUGUAUCGGGCCGUGCAUUGUCCUUCUCCCUACAUUGGCUGCCAUCGAUUGGCUGCAGAAGCCGAGUUUCAUCACGAAGCUCAAGGCGGCGGUCGCUGGAUGGAACAAGGGAUUCGUUGAGGAAUACUACGCACCCGAUGUCAACGCGAUGUCUGGCGCCUGGGUCUUUGAGCACAAGGACACCAUCGCCGGCGUCGUCCUUCUCGACGCACGCAACGCCGGACAAGAAAUCUCCAAGCUGGUUCCCUCGGCCCCCGCUUCUGCCUCUGCCUCGUCGGGUGAGGCAUCGUGGAUGCAGGAGGGGUGGAUGGAGGGUCUGCGUCAGCGCGCCAAGGCUCAGCCGCUCUCCGACUACGAGGCACCCAAGACCGCCGAGAUCCGGCACCUUAAUGUGCUCGCGCCGUACCGCAAGCAUGGCGUGGCGACCGAGCUCCUCGGCGCGGCGCUGGACAUGGCCUUCGGCCUCGCGCCGGGCGACAACGAGGCGCACGACACCGGGAAGCAGGCGACUGUGGCACGCGUGAUCGCCAUGGCGUCACCGUUCACGCCAGGCGGCGAUGCGCUCUGGGAGAAGAUGGGCUUUGUCGCCGUGCCCCCGCCGAUGCUUCGCCAGGAGCUGUGGCGAGAGGACGAGGCUGUGGGCCUCAACUUUUGGCAGGGCCACUGGGUGAUGGUUGACCGUGAGGCAUGGCUCAAAGCCCGCGAGGGCCUGUACUCGCGCUUCGCGCCGAAAGCUGGGAUGGAGUUUGGGGAGGGGCGCGAUGUCGCGCCGGAUGGAAGCCUGAUUGAGAAGAAAAAGGAUCAGUAG